GACCAAUGGCAGGGACCACCCCAUGCCUCAGCAGCCUUCACACCAGCCCGGCCAGAUGUUACAGGGCCCAUGCAGGCCCUCUAUCACAGGCACCAUAACCAACCCAGGACCACCCAAAAAAAGACACAAAAGCUGGUCAUCAGAGCCUGCAUUGACCACAGAGCCGAAUAAGACAACUUCUUCUGCAGCAGUCAAUGAUGCAAAAACAGCUGCAGAUAUGUCCCACAUAUGUGUCUCCCAGUGUUCCUCAUUCAUGACCCAAGGGGUGUCUGUCACAGUGCCUGAUCAUCUGCUUCAUACCUGCAGACUCCAGCCUGUUAUUUUUAAAGGCCAUGGCAGUUUGCCUCCCCUGUGUGGGAAUGUCAGUGAGGUGAGGGUGAACUCCUUGCUGCAGUCCUGUUACAGGAGCUGUCAGACCCUGCCUCGUGUGUAUGAACAAUAUAGAACGUCCCCCAUGCAGCCCCUCUCCACAGAGAUGCAGAUCCUGCUGACCGUCUACUACCUGGUGCAACUUGGCUCAGACCAGGUUCCGCUCAUUGAUGACCUGGAGCAGAUCUUUGUACGCUCCUGGCGUGAGACAAACCUGCCGGAGGUCCGGCAGUGUCAGCAGCCCAUCCCCCCUGGCCCCAUCCAGCCAGUCAGCCCCACCCAGCUGCCUUGGCUUGCGAAGCUGGCCACCAGCUCUUCUGCCGACAGUGUUCUGAUUCUGGAUGAGAAUGCCUCACUGGCUGAAGGGCUGAAUGAGACCUUCCGCAGUUUGAUGGAAGGGAAGCUGAGCCGCACAAACUAUGUGGUCAUCAUCUGCACGUCCAAGGGUGGCAACACUGAAUCCUGCAUUGUGGUGACAGGAUAUUGCCAGGCCCGGGCUUUGGCUGAGAACAUGCUCACCCCGGGUGACAGUGCUAAUGAGAUCAGUUGCGAGCUGGCAGCUGGGAAGAUAGGAGAGCUGGGGGCUCUGCUCCGAUCUCUGGGUCCAGAUGGUGACAUAGAUACCUUACUGGAGAAAUUCAGGUCAGAAAAGAAUUUCCAUUUGCCACUGUCCAGCAGCCUGGAGCCCUCACAGGAGAACUCAAAAGCUACUUGUUCAGAGUUUCAGACGACAUGGCAUGAUAUCCGGCCUGUCCAGUUGGCAGUAGCCAGAAAGCUGCUGUCCCAUGUGUGUGCUAUUGCUGACUCCAGCACCCAAAACCUGGACCUAGGCUCCUUCGACAAGGUGGAGUUCCGCAUCUUUACCCCACCUUCUGAGGCCACAUUUCAGCAGAUCGUCUUGCACCUGUGGAACUCAGGCAUAUUGAGAGAACUGUGUCUGGAUAAAGAAUGUCUGUCUCAGAAAGAGGCUGAACAGUAUGUUGUAAAGCUGGACCUAGCAGCCCAGGGAAAAAUCAAUGAGUUCAUUCAAAGUUCUAAGAGGAACCCCUACACGCUGUUCAUCCUGGUUCAUGACCAUGCCCACUGGGAUAUUAGCAGUGGGGCAUUCCAAAGAGGGGAGCCCUGUUCUGGGGUUGUGGACAGCCUGUUGAACUGCACUGAGGUUCAAGAUGCCCCAAACAUUCUCACACUCCACGUCAGCUCUUGUCCCUAUGCUCUCCAGACACAAUGCACCCGAAUCAGCCCCUAUAAUGAGAUCCACUGGCCUUCUGCAUCCAACCUUGACAUGGAUAUGUACCAUGAGAAGACCAAAUACUUUGGGGUGUCAGAGUUUUUGGAAUCAAUGCAGUUAGGGAGCGGACAACCCCUACUCAGAUAUGAUGGCACCUUCGAGACCAUGGCUACAGCAUUAGGGGAGAGGUUCCCUAGGUUGCACAGCGCGGUGAUCCGGACCUACAUCCUGAUACGCCACUACACAUUGGCACUGAUGGCAGUGUCAGGCCAGACCCAACUUCAAAAGCACACUUCGGCUGAGACACUGGAGAUUGUGCAGGGUUUAGUAUCCUCAGCACGCUGCUGCCCGAGUCAUCAUGGUCACAUGGUGCUGAUCCGUGUGCCUUCUCCUUCAUUGGCUUCCAUGGCUUAUCAGCGCCUGCGGCAGGCCAGAGAGAGCACAGGGCUGCAGGACCUCUUCGAAAUUGUCCUGGGCGACCCUGGAUCUGCCUUGUCUGUGGGCGAGCCCUUCCUCAGCCAACUCAAGGUGUGGUUAAAGAUCCAGAAUGCAGACUGGUCGCCACGUACCUACCUGGAGCUGGAGGCCCUGCCCUGUAUCGUCAUUUUCACUGGACUGGACCCACAAGGAGAGUCACUACCCAGGUCUUUGAAGUACUGCGACCUACGUUUGAGCAGGCCCUCCAACCUACUGCGCACAGACCUGGAGCAGGAGCUGGGGCUAGCCUGCUACCUGGUGGCUACUGAGACUCGGAAUAAUCAAGCAAUCAUUAGUGACCUUUCUGAGAGUGACCCUGAGAAGCUGAGCAGUACUGAAAAUGAAGAUGAAGAAGUGGUAGCAGAUUUUCCGUGUAUUGUGAGGAGAAGUCCAGUACAGCGACAGAGAUCUCUCUCCCAGGAGUCAGCUACCUCCUCUCUAUCCUCGAAAACCUCAACAGCAGUGAAUGGAGACCCACCCAUCCCGGUACAGCCUGGCCUCCCAGUACCCCCUCCAGACGGCAGCAUCAUGAAUAUGCAUGGUCACUGCCCUCCUCAGGACCGCAGGGGGUCCGAAGAGGAUAAUAGUGCCCCCUGUGGCAUGCCCGAGAGUGGUAUCCCAGGAAUGCCCAAGCCCCCUUCCUCCAGCUCCUCUUUAUCUACCCAGAACUCUGAGGCAUCGGGUGCGGGUCAACCCUGCACUUGGGCUCGCAGCCGCCAGCAGCCACCGGCAGUGUUCCUGCCCAAGGCUGUGUAUGAUGUGGUGGUCUCAGUUGAUGCAGGCGGCCUGCCCAGGUAUGCCCACCUCCUGCCGCAUGCAGGUGUGGAGUGGGUCGGCCCCUUUCGCCCUCAGCUCAGAAGGGUAAUGACUGCCACCGAGCAGUCCCUCUAUUACCGCCAGUGGACCGUGCCCUGCGCUCAGCACAUGGACAGUAACAACCAGGCUGUUGCUCACCCCGAUGGAUUCCACCCCCGCAGGCUUUUGCUCAGCGGGCCCCCACAGGUUGGGAAGACCGGGGCUUACUUACAGUUUCUGGGAAUUUUAUCAAGGAUGCUUAUUAGAUUAAUGGAAGUUGAUGUCUAUGAUGAAGAAGAGAUCAACUUAAGUGUACAGCUGGGUUCACCUCAGUAUCAUCAGAUGGAUGCAGCGUGGCCAAAUAUAGAGGUGUUCAGAACCAUGCGUUUUGACUACACAGUCCAUGACCCCAAACAUGAACACAUAAGCCCUGUGUAUUCACUAAACUUCACUCCCACUGGGAAAGGAAACCCCAGACAGAAAGAUGAAGUCUACCUCCAAAGACACACCACCAGGAUAAAGCUGUCCAAAUAUGCUGCCUACAAUACUUACCAUCACUGUGAGCAGUGCCACCAGUACAUGGGCUUCAGCCCAAGAUACCAGCUGUAUGAGUCCACACUCCAUACCUUCACCUUCUCCCACCUGCUGCUGGGAGAAGAGAUCCAGUUGUACUUUAUCAUCCCAAAGUCCAAGGAGCACCACUUUUCCUUCAGCCAACCCGGAGGACAGCUGGAGAGUAUGAGGCUGCCCCUGUGCUCUGACCAGAAUCCAAACUGCAUCAAAAGCCCCAUCUUCACCCCAACAACAGGCAGACAUGAGCACGGCCUCUUCAAUCUGUACCACGCCAUGGAUGGAGCCACCCACCUUCACAUCCUGGUCAUCAAGGAGUAUGAGAUGGCCGUGUACAAGAAAUACUGGCCCAACCACAUAAUGCUGGUUCUGCCCACUGUCUUCAAUGGAGCUGGAAUUGGUGCAGCACACUUCUUGAUCAAGGAGCUCUCCUAUCACAAUCUGGAGCUGGAGCGCAGCCGGCAGGUGGAACAGGGCAGCCGGCCACAGGAUGUGUGGCCCUUUGUUGUCUUAGCUGAGGACUCCUGUGUCAUGUGGAAUUCUGUUGACUCUGACACUCAGAGUGGUGGUGCUACAAUAGUGGAGAGGAACAUUUCUCUGAAGCAGGUGCUGCAGCAAAUGGAGUCAUCCCCAGAUGUGACACAGUACGGUCUGUGUGGGCUCAGGAAGUGGUCCAGUCAGGGCUCUGGGCCUGGCCGAAAUAUGGAGCCCUUCACCCGUGGACACUUGCACGACUUCACGCUGCUGAAUGUGGACCUCACUCAAGAUGUACAGUACAACCAGAACAGGUUCACGUGUGAUGACGUGGACUUCAACCUCCGUGUGCACAGCGCUGGGCUGCUUAUCUGCCGCUUCAACAGGUUCAGCGUUAUGAAGAAGCAGAUCAUCACUGGAGGGCAUUGCUCUUUCGUAAUCAAAACCAAGGUGACAGAUGUGCCAACCACGGUCCCUGCCUCCCAGUAUGUCUGCGCCCCUGAUAGCAAACACCCAUUCCUGGCUGCACCUGCCCAGCUGCUAUUGGAGAGGUAUCUGCAGCACAGCAGCCAAAGCCUGUUUCCUCUCGCUGCCCGAAAUUCCAGCCACCCUGUGCUCUCUGUGGACGGUUACCUCAACCUGGGCUCACAGGUGAUGGUCUGCUAUGUCAGCUCUCGUCCCCAUUCCAUCAACAUCAGCACCACCGAAGUGCUCUUCAGUGGACUCCUGCUUUACUUCUGUGACUCCUUUGUCACUGCCAGUUUCCUUAAGAAGUUUCACUUCCUCAAAGGUGCCACACUGUGCGUGAUCUGCCCAGACCGCAGUACGCUGCGUCAGACUGUGGUGCGGCUGGAGCUGGAGGAUGAGUGGAGACUCCGCCUCCGAGAUGAGUUCCAGACUGCCAAUGCCAAGGAGGACCACCCUCUCUUCUUCCUCACAGGAAAACACAUUUGAACGAGUUGGGGGUGGAUGGGAAUAACCGUAAAUUAAUAAUAAUUCCUUUUUUCAGUGCUUGUCUUGCAUUUGCACAUAGCUUCAAAAUGUGUUCCACACAUUUUAAAAGAGUGACAAAGCAAAUGAUAAACAGAGCAUUUUGUACUUGGUCAAGCUCCUUCAUGAAUAUUCAUAAGAUGCAUCCGAUGCAUUUCUAUGCUUUAGCUUUUAACAAUGGGCAGUCACAGCUUUCCCUUUUAAGAAGGUAAGAUUUAGUGAGUGUGUAGAAUGUGUUUUUACUUUUCACUUAUGUGGAGCAAAU